AUAGGUAUUCUGAGGUUUGGAUCAAUCAAAGAAACUGACUUCUUGACCAAUUAUCAUGUAUUUGGUUAAAUGGUCUAAUUUAAUUUUUAUUUUUAUCUUUAUUUUUUUCCAUAGAAUUUUCCUCAAUUGCCUCAGAUUGUUUCGUAAACAAAGAUUGUUUUAGAAAUAAAAGAACUAUUAGCAAACGAAACAACCUAACAAGAUCAAAGAAACCUACCUCGCAGCUCUAAAAACAGUUUACCUCGAUCAAACAAACAAACUAACAGAUAGAACAAACCCUAGCUCUAAAAGGGCCUAUCUUCUUUCUUAUCUUCUCAGCAAGACUGCCCGCCACUUACUCUCGUGUCAUCUCCUCCAUGGUUCCUCAAUUUGUUGAUCCGCGAUCUUAGUAAAGCUAUGGAUUUUACUCAUGUACGCACUUCCCGGUUCGCAGUACGUGGGGUCUGGCGAAUUAGGAAAUCUUUACUGCUUGCCACUGGCGUGUUAGUUGCUGGUGGGACUGCUGCUGCAUAUGUGCAGUCACGGCGUAGGUCCGAUUCUUUUGUCCAAUACAAUGGACGUAAGGAUGAUAUUGGCAACUCGGAUAAUAAUAACAAUGAUAAUGAUGAUAAUGUUGUCAGAAAAAAUGAAGACAAAGUGAAGAAGAAAAGUACACAAAAGAAAGGGACUUUGAAAUCACUUCACCUUCUAGCUGCAGUUCUUUUGUCUGAAAUGGGAAAAAUGGGUGCAAGGGACCUUUUUGCUAUGGUUGCUAUUGCGGUGGCCAGAACUGCUUUGAGCAACAGAUUAGCAAAAGUACAGGGAUUUCUAUUCCGUGCUGCUUUUCUCCGACGUGCACCAUUAUUUUUUCGGCUGAUUUCUGAGAAUAUCUUAUUGUGUUUUCUCGUAUCAACUAUGCAUUCCACUUCAAAGUAUGUAACUGGGACCUUAAGUCUUUGUUUCAGGAAAAUAAUGACAAAACGCAUCCAUGCACAUUAUUUCGAGAACAUGGCAUACUAUAAAAUAUCACAUGUUGAUGGUCGGAUUACUAAUCCUGAACAAAGAAUUGCAAGUGAUGUACCAAGGUUCUGUUCAGAGUUGAGUGAACUGGUACAGGAUGAUUUGACUGCGGUUACAGAUGGAAUUCUUUAUACAUGGCGCCUAUGUUCUUAUACUAGUCCAAAGUAUUUCUUUUGGAUAUUGGCCUAUGUGCUGGGAGCAGGAACCAUGAUUAGAAAAUUUUCCCCUGCUUUUGGAAAACUGAUGUCCAAAGAACAGCAAUUAGAAGGUGAAUAUCGACGGCUCCAUUCACGUUUAAGGACCCAUGCUGAAAGUAUAGCAUUCUAUGGUGGAGAACGAAGGGAAGAAUUUCACAUUCAGGAGAAGUUUAAGAAUCUUGUUAAACACAUGAGAGUGGUCCUUCACGAACAUUGGUGGUUUGGCAUGAUUCAAGACUUUCUGGUGAAGUAUCUUGGUGCUACAGUUGCUGUUAUAUUGAUUAUUGAGCCCUUUUUUGCUGGCCAUCUUAGACCUGAUGCUUCAACUUUGGGAAGGGCAACAAUGUUAAGCAAUUUAAGAUAUCACACCAGUGUCAUAAUAUCGCUCUUUCAGUCCUUGGGAACUCUUUCUACAAGUUCAAGACGACUUAAUCGUCUCAGUGGUUACGCUGACCGCAUUCAUGAAUUAAUAGCUAUAUCAAGAGAGCUAAACAAUGAUGACAAAACUUCUCUGCAAAGAAGCAGAAGUAGGAACUACUUUAGUGAAUCUGACUAUGUUGAGUUUUCUGGCGUCAAGGUUGUCACCCCAACUGGUAAUGUCUUGGUGGAAGAUCUGACUCUUAAGGUUGAAUCAGGAUCUAAUCUGUUAAUUACAGGUCCAAAUGGUAGUGGUAAGAGUUCUCUCUUCCGCGUUCUAGGUGGCCUCUGGCCAUUGGUAUCUGGCUAUAUUGUGAAACCUGGUGUUGGUUCCGAUCUUAAUAAGGAGAUUUUCUAUGUGCCACAAAGGCCAUAUACAGCCGUAGGAACGCUUCGUGAUCAGUUAAUUUAUCCUCUUACUGUGGAUCAAGAGGUUGAACCGCUCACACGUAGUGGCAUGUUGGAGCUAUUGAAAAAUGUUGAUCUUGAAUAUCUAUUAGACCGUUAUCCACCUGAGCAGGAGGUUAACUGGGGCGAGGAACUGUCUCUAGGAGAGCAACAAAGGUUAGGGAUGGCCAGAUUGUUUUACCACAAGCCUAAAUUUGCAAUUCUUGAUGAGUGCACCAGUGCUGUGACUACUGACAUGGAGGAACGUUUUUGUGCUAAAGUUCGAGCUAUGGGAACUUCAUGCAUAACCAUAUCACAUCGUCCAGCUCUAGUUGCCUUUCACGAUGUUGUUUUGUCAUUGGAUGGAGAAGGGGGUUGGAAAGUUAGUUACAAAAGGAAGGAUACUCCAGCUCUCACUGAAGCUGGGACCAAUGUUGUGAGAAUUUCUGAUACAGAUCGCCAAAGUGAUGCAAUGGUGGUUCAACGUGCAUUUGCCACAAUUGAUACAGAUUCUGCAUUUUCAAGUUCAAAAGCACAAUCAUAUAUUUCAGAGGUGAUAGCAGCAUCUCCUAGUGCAGAUUCUAGACACCAGUUGCCAACUGUUCCACAACUCCAAAGAGCUCCUAAGGCAUUAGCAUUAAGAGUAGCUGCCAUGUCCAAAAUUCUGGUACCAACUCUACUUGAUAGACAAGGGGCACAGUUACUUGCAGUGGCUUUUCUUGUUGUCUCAAGAACAUGGGUCUCAGAUCGAAUUGCCUCAUUGAAUGGAACCACUGUGAAGUAUGUUUUGGAGCAGGAUAAAUCAUCCUUUAUUCGAUUAAUUGGUAUUAGCAUUCUUCAAAGUGCUGCAUCUUCUUUUAUUGCACCUUCAUUGAGGCACUUGACGGCCAGGUUGGCUCUUGGAUGGAGGAUUCGUUUGACUGGGCACCUACUACAGAACUACUUGAGAAACAAUGCAUUUUACAAGGUCUUUUAUAUGUCAAGCAAAAAUAUAGAUGCAGAUCAGAGAAUAACUCAUGAUCUGGAAAAGUUGACCACGGAUUUGUCUGGACUAGUAACUGGAAUGGUAAAGCCAUCGGUUGACAUCUUGUGGUUCACCUGGAGAAUGAAGCUCUUAACAGGUCAAAGGGGAGUUGCCAUAUUGUAUGCUUACAUGUUGCUUGGUCUGGGUUUCCUGAGAACAGUUACUCCUGACUUUGGUGAUCUUGCAAGUCGAGCGCAACAACUUGAGGGAAUGUUUAGGUUCAUGCAUGAAAGACUGCGAACGCAUGCCGAGUCUGUUGCUUUUUUUGGAGGUGGUGCACGAGAAAAAUCUAUGAUCGAGGCAAGAUUCAGGGAGCUUCUUGACCAUUCUCUGUUACUCCUAAAGAAAAAAUGGUUAUAUGGAAUCCUGGAUGAUUUUGUCACGAAGCAACUUCCACAUAAUGUAACAUGGGGUUUGAGCUUAUUGUAUGCUGUGGAACACAAGGGAGAUAGAGCUCUGGUCUCAACUCAAGGCGAGUUGGCACAUGCAUUGCGAUUCUUAGCUUCUGUUGUUUCUCAGAGCUUUUUAGCCUUUGGAGAUAUUCUUGAAUUGCAUAAGAAGUUCCUUGAGCUCUCUGGUAGUAUAAAUAGAAUUUUUGAGCUUGACGAGCUUUUAGAUGCUGCACAGUCUGGGGAUUGGUCCACCGACAAACUAUCUCCACGUAAAGAGAGUGAUCUUCAUGUGAAAGAUGCCAUUUGCUUUGAGGAGGUUGAUAUCAUUACCCCAGCACAGAAAUUGUUGGCAAGACGUUUGACAUGUGACAUAGUACAAGGAAAGAGCCUGCUUGUGACAGGUCCGAAUGGAAGCGGGAAAAGUUCUGUUUUUAGAGUGCUUAGAGGUCUUUGGCCCCUUGUGAGUGGCAGACUUACCAAACCAUCUCAACAUAUUGGCAAAGAGACUGAAUAUGGUUGUGGCAUCUUCUAUGUUCCUCAACGGCCAUAUACAUGCUUAGGAACUUUGAGAGAUCAAAUUAUAUACCCUCUCUCUCAUGAUGAGGCAGAACAUAUGACAUUAAAGCUUUCUGGAGUAGAUAAAAAAUCUGCCCACACAAGAAGCUUUCUGGAUGAACGUUUGAAAACUAUUCUAGAGAAUGUUAGACUAAAUUAUCUUUUGGAAAGGGAGGAAGGUGGUUGGGAUGCUAAUCUCAAUUGGGAAGACAUUCUUUCUCUGGGAGAACAGCAGAGAUUAGGAAUGGCACGGCUAUUCUUUCACAAGCCUGAAUUUGGCAUCCUCGAUGAGUGUACCAAUGCCACAAGUGUUGAUGUGGAGGAGCAACUCUAUAGACUUGCAAAAGAUAUGGACAUCACAGUUGUUACAUCCUCACAGCGUCCUGCGCUAAUACCGUUCCAUUCAGUGGAAUUACGAUUUAUUGAUGGCGAAGGUAACUGGGAGCUUCGUACAAUUAAGCAUUGACGUGACAGUAAUAUCAGGGGGUUGAAUGAUGUAAGCUGCGUUAAAGGUGGCAUCAGAUUUCAUAUUGCAGUGGCGGAGCAGAGCCGAAGUUACUUUCGCAUUGAGAAAUAGCAUAGUUAUUCUUACAUAAACCAAGUGAUUAUUCUACUCAAUACAUGAUUGUAGCUGAGGGGAGCUGCAGAUCAUGUUAUUGACUAUUCCUUGAAAUAGGAUCCUAUCAUCUUUAUCAUAUACAUCUAGUUACUUUUCCUCAAUAGCAUCGAUGGAGGAUGGAGGAAAGCCAAUAAAUUAAAGAACUAUUGGAGAAUCAAUCAUACAGGGAUGCCAUGUAGCUUAGAGAAAUCCUUACUGUACAGCCUUUUUUUUAAGGGUUAUUCUUUUGGGAGCUAAUUAUAUGCCCAUUCUGUUGUAAGAAUUUAAACAAAUAAGUCAAAGAUGAGUUGCAGAAGGAAAAUAGAGGAUAUUGACCUAUCACUUUACUAGUGACGAUUGUAAAUAAAUAAUACUAAGAUAGAAAGAAGGAAAUCUUCUAGUUAUUUUUCCACAAAAGUAUUGAAUUCGUUUUUCUUUA